CACAUACGGAGUGAGAACCAUCGACCCAUCCGUCACUGUGGCUGCUGCUUCGGGCCGUCUCGCUCCUCCCUUAACAGCGGUCCCCAUGGUUACGCACGGAGGAGAGCAGCUUAGCAACACGGAGAUAGAGGCAGCAUCUCUAAGCAGACAGCGCGGGGCCAUCAAUAUUGCGCUCACAAGGUGUUCAAGAAGACGACAGCUGCGCCAUUACGCACCGGCGGUGACUCUGCUGUAAGUGUUUUGUUUCCCUUCAGCUUUCCUGACAUGUCAGCGUGACUCUUUACCUAGAGGUCGUGAUUUGCUCUCGCGCGACUCUCCUCUUCCUCAGUGAUGCUGCGGCUUAGUGAAUCCUCGCUCUUCCAUCCUCUGCCGUUUCAGUCAGAAUGAAGUUCGUGGUGGUUCUGGUCGGGGCGGGCUCUCUGGCCUUCCUCGGUGCGGUCAUCUGCAUCGUCGCCAGUGUUUACCCCCGGAAACGCGGCGCGCCCUCCGGCGAUAACGGAACGCUGACCUCGGAGGCGCUGCUGCAGCCGCUGGAGCCCGGCUCGGUGGCUCACGCCGGACCGCUCGGCGCGCUGCACGGCGCCGGCUCCUACGACGUGGAGAACGGACUGGGCGGCAUCGGCCUGGAGGUUCCCACUCUGAACGAGCUCAACCUCGGGGAGGGGACCGAUGGAGACUCCGCCAAGCAGUUCAGCUUCAGCAGACUCAUCUGCACACCGCUGCCCGUGGGAGAAUGCAAGAGCAAAACCCUGAGACAGCAGGCGGACGAGCCCAUGUACGCCACCGGGGACGAGGACCUGCGGACCACCGCGGAGGAGCUCCGGCAAAUGGUGCUGCAGCAGAACGACCAGAUCCUGAUGGACCAGAGGACCAUCCGGGAGCUGACGGGGAAGCUGAGCGAGUGCGAGCGAGGCUUGGAGGACGACCGGGGCGCCCCGGCGCGGGGCGUCGGGGUGUGGAGCGGGAACCGGCGCGUCAUGGCCGGGGACGAUGUGAGCGGGGCGGCGGCGCAGCUGCAGACGGCGCGCGCGGUGGAGGAGCUGGCCAGAGCCAUCAUGGACCUGAAGGACCGCAUCGAGAAACUAGAGGCAGAGAUAGGGCCCGCAGCCUUGAACCUCACAGACACAUCUGUGGGCGCAGGCGGCGGCGGCAGCAGCAGCACUAGUAGCAGCGGUGGCGGCGGCAGCAGUAACCCAACUAGUACGUCUGGAAAGGCUCCAAUUCCGUUUCCAGGCGGUGCACCAUCCCCGUCAGUCCCAGGGGCCCGUCGCCCUGGCUCUCCAGCAUCCUCCGGCCCCAAGCCUCCCUCGAAAGGCUCCUCCGGGCGGAAGGGCACCUGGAGGGUGGAGGACCUGGAGGGGGAGCUAGAGAGGAAGAUAAAGAUGCUGGAGAAGGAGCGGCAAGCCAUGAGGAAGGAGACGCAGGGCCAACACGAGAAAAUCAACCAGGGCAUUGGCAGUGUGACUGAUCGCGUCACUGAGCUGGAACACACGCUUACAGAGCCGUCGUUCCCUGAAGGCUUCGUCCUCUCCUUCCCCAUGCGGACCAAUUACAUGUACGGGAUGGUCAGGAAAGAGAUCACUGAGAUGUACGCCUUCACUGCCUGUUUGUGGCUCAAGGCCAAAGAAGGAGGCAUCGGGACUCCCUUCUCCUACUCUGUGCCGGGUCAGCCCAACGAGCUGGUGCUGCUGCAGGGGGUUCACAAUCCGGUGGAGCUGCUCAUCAAUGACAAGGUGGCGCAGCUUCCUCUGUCCGUGCCACAGGAUGAGUGGCAGCACAUAUGUGUCAGCUGGACCCUGAGGGACGGAGUGUGGAAGGCCUACCAGGGCGGCAAGAUGAAGGGGAGAGGGGAGGGGCUCGCUGCCUGGCACCCAAUCAAGCCUGGAGGAGUCCUUAUAUUGGGACAAGAGCAGGAUACGCUGGGUGGGCGUUUCGAUGCCUCCCAGGCUCUGGUCGGUGAGAUAUCUCAGUUCAACCUGUGGGACCGGGUUCUGAAGCCCGCAGAAGUGGCCGCCCUCGCUGACUGCAGCUCCUCGGCGCUGGGCAACAUCGCCCCCUGGACCGAUCACGACGUAGACGUCUACGGUGGUGCGACCAAGGAGUCCUUGGACCCGUGCCACGCCGCUCAGAGAUCCAGCCUCAACAGCCCCAAACAGUGAAGGGUGUCACAGAAAGCAGUCAUAGGUCUUAACUAAAGGGUCGCUGAGAAGUUGAUUUUUUUUAAAGAUGUAUGAAAUUUGAGUUCAGAGUGCAUUUGCUUGUUGGGGCUGAGAAGCUUGCUGGAGGACUGAUAGCACUAUUAAGUCGUGAAGAGUGGUGUAUCCGUUUCGUUCCUCGUUUUGUUGUCCACGUUUAUGUGAUUACUUCUGCAGUGAGCAAAAGUAAAUGUAGCUCUGCCAAAGACAAGUCUGCACGGACGGCGCGGUUUAUGGCAUGAAGAGGCGCUUUAAAGCAAGUACGCGACGGUUCUGUUUUGUGUCUGAACCUCGUCAGGCUCUGUAUUCUGACAUGCAGACAAAUGGCUUUGAUGGGUUCACGGAAUGAACAUGUAUCUAACGGUGUCUUAAUUUUGCAACACUUUCUAUCUUUUGUCAUUUUGUGUAACGUGGGUUAAGUGCAACAGCCGCUUUUCUGAGCUCCUCUUGUGGUCGUGUGCGUUCCAUCAUUUUUUAACUGUAUAUGAUUCAUUUAAUGAAUGUCUGUAUGCUUCUGUUUUUUCUAUUGCAUAUCAAGAUCUGGAAACAGAAAUGACUUCUUAAUGUAUUAUGCGUAAUGUACCUCUGGUAAUGUUGCUAUGUGCUCGUCCGCCCCUCUCGCUGUAAGCUUGUCACACACCUCAGAGUCCUGCAGUGAAAAUAUUGCAGCAGUUUUUUUUCUUUGCAACCUGACAAUGCAGCACUUUCUGCUGACCUCUGAAAUAAACGGUUCAUGUCUCACCAA